AUGGCCGAGGCAGCCGGUCUUGUUGUUGGUGUCGUUGCCGUUGCUGGCCUCUUCAACAACACAGUCGAGUGCUUCGAGUUCGUCCAGCUCGGCCGCACAUUUGGAAAAGACUUCCAGAUAAGUCAGCUUAGACUAGACAACGCAAGACUCCGCUUGUCGCGGUGGGGCAAGUCUCUAAGUCUGGACAAUGAUGUCCGAGACGCGGUAUCGCUUCAAGGGCAUUUUGGGUCCGAGGCAAACGUCAAGCACGCCGAAGCCUUGCUGGGCCAGAUCGUAGAACUAUUUGCGGAAGCUGAAGGCGUGUCGAACAGAUACAGGGGCCGGACAGAGCCUCAGGACAGCAGCCUUGCAGUAUACGAUCCGCAAACCGACCUGGAUCCGGCAAUGGCGAAGCUCCACGAGAAAAUGCGCCAGCUAGCCAUCGAGCGCCAGAACCGGUCCGGCGUACGGCAAAAGGCCAGAUGGGCAUUGUACCAAGAGAAGCAGUUUAGACGACUGAUUGAGGACAUCACCGAGUUGGUUAACGACUUGGACAACCUCUUUCCCGCCACUCAGCAUUCCCAGCGUGACCUCUGCGACAUGGAAGUCUCUGCUAUUGGAAAAAGUCAAGACAUCUAUGUGUUAAGAGAAAUUGCCGCCGCUCAGGACAAGUUGUUAGAGCAGGCUAUUACGAAGGCUGCGGAAAGCGCUGGGAAGUCGCACCACAUCGUCUUUUCAGGCAGCGGAAACACUGGCCUUCAGCUGGGCCACAACUCUGACACUACAUACCAGUUCACGUCCCCGUAUCUCGCUGAUAUGCUGCCGCUAUUUUCUGGGACAGAUAACCCGUACUUGAACUCAAAGUUGUACAAAACUAUGACCGCCGAGACACAGGCGGCACACCGGGGCCCAGAGAUCGAAGAGCAACUGCGCGAAGCAGUCUAUCGCGCUCCCUAUUCCGGCGCUCGUAUAUACGACAUGAGUAUCUCUCCUGAGUCACUGAAGCCGUCCAGAUGGACAUCAAUUAGUUCUGACGACGUCUUUCUUACACGACUUCUGGAAUGCUACUUCCUUUAUGAGUAUCCGCUGUGGCCUUGUUUCCACAAGGACCAUUUCCUGGACGACAUAACUGCUGGACGAAAUGAUUAUUGCUCGCCACUAUUGGUCAACUGUAUCUUGACAGCUGCGUGUCACGGACUGAGUACUCUAGAACAACGAUCCGAAUUUUGGAAUCCUAAAACCUACAGUUAUCAUUUUAUGGCCGAGACUAAAAGGCUUUGGGAGCUGGAACAACAGCGGGCCGUAUGUAGCCUUCCGACCGCUCAGGCAGCGACGAUCCUUGGCAGGAUAUACUUCGUGAACGGGAUGGACAGUAUGGGGUGGGCAACGUGGUCUCAUGCUUUGGCUUUGGCAGACAAGCUAGGCUUGUUCACCGCAACUGCACCCAAUAGCAGCGAAAAGGAGCGCGUUUCGAGAACAAUCACUGCCUGGGGCAUUUUUUCCCAACAAGCGUUCUCUUCUUUUUACCUGAUGAAGCCGCCACUCGCUCGACAUCCACCCGAGGAUGGGCUGCCGGACUACCAAAAUGCGUCGAGUUUCUUUGGAGAGAUCUGGGUCAAAUACCCGCUCGCAAAACACUUGGUAUGUGCGAAGCUGAUGAGCUCAACCAGAGCAUUCAAGUCUAAAUACGAUCGACAACUUGCUUUAUCUCUUUUAGAACAUAUUCUAAUUAGCCCUCUGCUCCAGGUUCCGACUCAUCUAGGACAGACAUUUCUAGCGCUUAUCAAGCUUAGAUUAGUCAUGAACGACAUAGCGGGAAAAGCGCUUCGGGAAAACGAUGGACAGAACAGCCUAGGUUUAGAGCAGGCAAGACGCUAUCACACUAUGCUUAUGGAAUGGUUCCAUGACCUCCCUGGACCUUUACAACCACAGAACGUUGCCAUGCCAACCCAGCUUCUUCUGCAUAUGCAGUACCACAACCUCGUUACAAUGACGUUUCAUCCCUUUCUGCAGUCAGAGACCUCAUUUAACCAUCUCACUCGCGGAGGCUCGUUCCAGGAAUACUCAGGCUUUAGUCCGGUUAGGCUCUAUAGCGAAUCAAAAGCGAGCCUCCAAACGCUUCUGCACAUGUUUUAUCAUCGGCAUGGUUUUGAGGACUACUACAUCUUUCUGCUGCAGGUGCUCGUUCAGCUGGGCUUCGACUCGCUGGAGCGUCUGCGCACCCCCGAAGCACAACAGCAACACUUCCCAGCUGUAAUGAAGGCUACGAGAGCCACCCUCAUCCUGUGCGCCAGGGGGUUGCGCGACCAAGGCCGCAACUUCUACCUGUCCGAACUCGUGUUCCGAAUUCUGCGAGAUAAGAUGAAUCCCAUGGAUGUCAAACUUCUCAAAGAUUGGGCGCAAAUCAAGAAUGAGGAAAAGAGGGAGAAGCUUAUGGCGGAGCACGUGUAUGGUGAGUAUCCCGUGAAUGUUGAAGGCAUAACCUCGGAUCCAACUGAGCGGCGAUUACACCGUCUCUUGGCGUCUAUGGGCGACUUGAAGCUUCCUAACGAUACCGUGGAACCGAGCAAAGAUGAGAGAGCGUCUAGGACAUGGCGAAGCAUUGUUUUUUGA